AUGUCUUCGCAACAAGCUUCAUGGCAGGAAGAAUGGUACCGAGUCUAUAAACCGGAACUCGACACGGCAGCAUUCGAUCCUCUCGAUCCUGUCAAACGAUACCACGAAGGCAUCUUUGUCGAACUAAACGCAGUUACCGGGAGUGGAACUUUGUUCCACGUAACCGGUGACGUUAUAGGGGCUAAUGGCAUGAGGUACGAGGAGAGAGAGAACGUUAUUGAAAAGGAUUCCAUACAUUUGCACGCCUUCCCGCAGGUCGGAUGGGUUCUGAAGGCGGAUUUCGAGUCGGGAAGAAUUAGCACUAUAUUGCAGGCCUUACCAAGGCCGACCAAACAGCAAGGCAUAAAUUUCUGGGAAGUAGACCCUAUUACAGGGCGUCAUGAGAUAAUUUGGACGAGGCAGGAUGGGGAGCGCUACGGGCCUGGCGAGCAGCAACGUCCCAUCUUCAAGUGUAACGAAUGGACGCACCAGUACGCAAUUCCAGCAUUGCGUGAUGCAGGGAUUUUGCACGAUUCGGCUUCAGUUAGUUAG